AGGCCGUUUCUCAGACAGAAAAUGGUCCAACCUCUAAGGCGGGGAGUGAGACCUCUCACUUGGACGCGAGUCCUCCCUCGCCAAACGCGACAACCUGCGUCAUCGCAUCGCAGAGCUCAAGCAAGAUAUGUCCAGAUUCGUGCCACACCUACGGAUCAACCAGCGACAGUUAAUGGGAGCAAUGUGCCCAUUGUUGAUACACCCAGCUCCGCCGAAUCGGCCGAUGCGCGGUUCGAAGUCAUCGGAGCACCUUAUUCGUUACUGUCGGUUACCCUUUCCGCCUCACAGAACCUCUACACACGGCGCGGAACGCUAGUCGGUCUGAGCGGGAAAGCGGACAAUGUAAUCUCAACCUUAAGUGUCUUGGAGCCAUUCCGGCGAGCUCCUGUUGGCGUGCCCUUCCUAUACCAAAAGAUCUCCUCCGCUAGCCCUGUCACUGCCUUGAUUUCUACUAGGUCCCCCGUUACAUCGUUCGCCGUCGUUCAUCUCAAUGGCUCUGUGGAUUGGAUGGUCGCUCAGAGACGGGCAUUACUAGCGUGGACUGGUCGCUCGUUGAGCAUCCGUCCGACAAUCAAUACGAGCUUGAGCGUGGCUCAUUGGGGUAGCUCUGAAGUCACCGGAAGAGGGUUGCUCGCUCUGGUCGGAAGCGGCCAACUCUACUCAGUAGAGCUAAAAGAGGGCGAGAAAUACAUAGUCCAUCCCAGCAAUGUUGUGGCCUACACCGUCAGCUCUAAACCCCCUCGCCCUUACCGCUUUAAGUCGACGUCCUUGAAGUUACAAGUCCCGGGCCUGAAGAGCCUUCCUACUUUUCUCCAGAACACGCAAUUCAUCAAAGCCAUGUCGGAGACCGAUUCAUGGAAGACGGCCAUGCGGAUAUUCCAUACGGUUCGUACAUGGUCACGAAUGACGAUCUGGGGAGAUAGGCUGUUCCUCCAAUUUGACGGUCCCUCCACUAUCCUCUUACAAUCUCGCGGGGCCCGGAUGAGCGAUGUUCUGAGCACUCAAGAGGUCAACGAAUUCGCAAGCACACCUAGAGGCCUAACGAUCGUCCCUACAAAACAAGAGGAGAAGCAAAAGGGUUCGGAGCAGGAUGGAAAAGACGACGUCCACAAGGCCCCCGGCACAAGGUCAGUGGAUGAAAUCGAGCAGGAGAUCAAAGGCGUCACCCAGAGUAUCGCCGUCCUAACGAAGGAGGGCAAGGUGGUAUUCCAAAAGCCAGGGCAACAAUGA